CUUCGUCUUCUCCACCCCCACGCCACCAUCACCACCACCACCACCAUCGCACUCCCAACUCCCAAGCCGCAGCGCUAGGGUUUCCCCCAACCACCACCACCACCGCCCCCGCUAAAACCCCGAUCCCCGCCUCCGCCACCGCCGCCGAUGUCGACCCCCGCCGCGGGCGAGAAGCCGGCGCUGAGGAAGCCGGUGUUCACCAAGGUCGACCAGCUCAAGCCGGUCACCAGCGGCCACACCCUCACCGUCAAGGUCGUCAGCGCCACCCCCGUCCCGGGCCGCGCGCGGCCGGGCGUCGCCGCCCCGUCCCGCCCCCCGCGCAUCGCGGAGUGCCUCAUCGGCGACGAGACCGGCGCCAUCGUCUUCACCGCCCGCAACGAGCAAGUUGACUUGUUGAAGCCUGGUGCUACAGUGAUCAUGCGCAAUGCCAAAAUCGACAUGUUCAAAGGCUCAAUGAGGCUUGCGGUGGACAAGUGGGGGCGUAUAGAGGCUACAGAACCUGCCAGCUUUACUGUUAAGGAGGACAACAACUUGUCACUAGUAGAGUAUGAGUUGGUUAACGUGACCGAGUAAUUGUCGUUGAUUCGCCCCUUCCCCUGCCAUAACAAGGAAGCAUGAUGACUGAGAAUAUUAUGAACCCUUUGCCUAAGCAUGUUUAUUUGGUAUGGUGGUAGUAGAUAAGAUCAAAGAUCGAACUGAAUUUAUCCAUGGUAUGCGUCUACUAAGUGGUGAUUCCUCUUGUUACCUGUUGCUGCCUGUAUUGCUGCUGUGAUGGAACAAGCUCAGCAGGGUGACAUGUUGCUAGAGUACCAGUUAUCAAUGGAGUUAAUUGUUGCAAAUCCUACAUUGGUGAAUAUUGCCAUAUUGCCUUUUUGUGACCGCUGUAA